AUGAAGAUCUCUAUCGUUCUCCCCGCUAUUCUCGCUCUCUCCACCGCCACUUCGGCAACUGAUUGCUAUGGCAGCAGCAGAUGUCAGGUUGGCGGUUGCCAACUUAGUGAUGUUCUGAAUGCGGUUCCCGCCAGGAAUUUCCAACCGGGAGAGAGGAUUGCCUGUUGCAGCCCCAGAAAUGGGGGCAACGGUCUCUGUGCCUGGGCGACGCAUUCGAAUGGAUACAUGAGCUGGGUGGUUGCCAGGAAUUACAUUCAGGGGUUGAUGAACUAUGGAUGCCGACGAUGCGGGCAUAACGGGUCCGUCAGGGUCGAUGUUCCCUGA